CAAGACGGCUCCGAUCUAUGCUCCGUUGGUGGUCUAGACACAGCCAUCUCUCAUCAUCACAACGCGGCUUCCCUUACAAGGUUCGACACAGAUAACAAGGACUUUGACCAAAGACUGGCCACAGUCAUUGGACAAGGCGAAGCGGGAGGUUUUGAGAAGGGCUUCUGGGAGCAUCACGACAGCUUAAAUAGAUGGACUCUCAAAUUCAACGAAAAGAUCGUAGAAGACGAAUACAGGGCCCAUUUUGCAGACUCAGGUGACCGCCACGUUCCCUAUAAGACUCCCCUGGACGUCGCUUGCCGAGAUCAACUUGAACAUUCUACGCAGUACCGCUAUUCAGGCGUCUUUAUAGACAUACUAGUGGCUGCGCUGCUUUUGGUAGUCGUUUCCAUUGCCGUCUUUAUGUCGUCAUCAGAGAUACCGUUGUCGUUUAUUGUUUACUUCUGUAUUGCUAUUACCGUCGUCACUGCUGCCAUCGGCCUUAUAGGUAUUCCUCUUCUCAGUAGAAAAACACUUUUGCCAUGUGUGAACCUAUGGCAGCCGCGACACAUCAUUGGUGCUGUACUGAUCGCAUUACCGUUUGGAGUGGCGGUUUGUGUGAUGCCGUUGUGCAUACUCGAUGAGUGCCCUGCCACACCUUUGAUGCCAAGUCGACUGCUUUUCUCGUACAUCAUGAUCGUCGCAUUGUUUGCUCAUUGUAAUUUCUCACAACUUGGAGCAUGGCCGAAGACUAUUCAAUGCAUUAUCGUAGGAAUGAUUCAUAUUUCGGCCGUCUAUUAUUGUCAAGCUAAUAUUCUUCGGCUACUUCCACAGGUACGGUUCAAUUUAGAAAAACCAUUUGACAACGAACUUCGAAAAUUGAAGGAAACGAGGAAAAAUACGAGUACUGGCUUUUUCGAUACGUCAUUCGCUUCAUCAUUUUUCAUUUGGGAAAUGUUACUUGACGUGAUUCUAUCGAUCAUUCUUGUCGGCUUUCUCAAUUAUCAGUUUGAAGCCGCUUUUCGGAUGUCGUUCUAUGGAGACGUGCAAGCCAGACGGGACACUCAGCGCAUGCAGAUAGUACGAGAUCAGGCCGACUGGCUGCUCAAUAACGUCAUCCCAGCGCAUGCAGUUGAAAGUCUUAAAACGGACACUAAAUACAGUGAAAACCAUGAGUCAACUGCCGUACUGUUCGCAAGUAUAACGAAUUGGAACGACAUGUAUGAGGAAAAUUUCGAAGGAGGACGCGAAUUUUUGAGAGUGUUGAAUGAGGUGAUCGGAGACUUCGAUGAGCUUCUUGAUCGGCCGGAGUUCUGUCAUAUUGAAAAGAUCAAAACGAUCGGAGCAGCGUAUAUGGCAGCAAGUGGAUUGAAUCCGGAACGAAAACGAAACAUGGAACAUCCAAAGGAACACCUCUACCAGAUGGUCGAAUUUGCACUGGCUAUUCAACAUGUUCUGUCUGUUUUCAAUGAAGACCUACUCAACUUCGAUUUUGUUUGCAAAUUGGGACUGAACAUUGGACCGGUAACGGCUGGUGUUAUCGGAACUACAAAACUUUAUUAUGAUAUCUGGGGCGAUACUGUGAACAUUGCUUCGAGGAUGUACAGCACUGGAGUGCUCAAUAGAAUCCAGGUUUCCGCCCAUACCCGAGAAAUUUUGCUGGAUCGAUACGAAUUUGAGUACAGGGAUCACAUUGAAGUAAAAGGAAUCGACGGCGGUAUGGAUACGUAUUUGCUGGUUGGACGAAGAACUGACCAUAUACCGCCAGCCAUUUCUGAUCACGGUAGCUCUGCUGCUGACUAG